AUGAUUUUGUCAAAUGGGACAGUUUUAUCGUCUCCCAAGGAGGUUCAUGAUGCAGCGGUAGAUUAUUUUAAUAAUUUCCUAACAGAGUCACAUAUGGAGCCUCUACCUGACCUGUCAGAGUUUAUUGGGGAGACCGUUUCUUUUGAUGAGGGGGAUCAAUUGUGUAAGGCACCUACUGAAGAUGAGAAGGAUAUGAUGAAGGCUGCGUGCGAUUUCUUGGGUGGUAGCCCUUUGCCAAGAUUUUAUUCUUCUUCAUACAUAGUGCUUAUUCCAAAGGUGGAGAACCCUCAAGGAUUUGAUAAGUUUCAACCAAUUAGUCUGUGCUCAGUGGCGUAUAAGAUUUUUUCAAAAAUCCUAGUGAAGAGAAUGGUUCAUGGCGGGAAUGUAGUGGUUAAAGUGGAUAUGGCAAAGGCAUAUGACAGAGUGGACUGGAGGUUUUUACUGCAUGUUACUCAGAAAGAAAUUCGAAGAUGGAUGCAUAGAUCUUUUUCACAUCCUCGUGGUGCACCUUUGGUGUCACAUUUGCUAUAUGUUGAUGAUAUCGUAGUCUUUGCUAAUGGAAGUAAAAGAUCGAUGAAAGCUUUAAUGGAUACUUUUCAGUUAUAUGAAAAAUGGACAGGUCAAGUUAUUAAUAAGGAGAAGUUAGCCAUAUUCUUUGCUAAACAUUGUGGGACAAUUCACAAGCAAGAGGUUCUUCGAUUAAGCUCUUUUAGAGAGGGUUCCUUUCCAAUAAUCUAUUUGGGAGUACCAGUGGUGGUUGGAAGAUUGACUGCUCACCAUCUACAUUUUCUAGUAGAAAAAGUUCAAAAAAAGAUUGCUAGCUGGAAAAUGCAGCUGUUGUCACAAGGGGGUCGUCUUGUUCUAUUGAGACAUGGUGAGUUUAAUGAAAGGACUAGGAAAAAAUGGUUUUCAUGGGAGAAAAUUUUUAAACCACUGAUGGAAGGAGGUCAUGGGAUUCCAAAAUAUGUGAAGAAGGGUUUGGUGGAUGUCGGAAAGUUGGAUCAUGUGGGAUCAAGAUUUUGGAAAUUUGUGGUGGAUUGCUUCCCUGAUGUGGUUGCUAAUAGUCAAUGGAAGAUUAGGGAAGGAAAAAUAUCAUUUUGGUUGGGUCAGUUAGUAGGGACGAAUAUGGCUACAAAUAUAAUAGAGAAAAUAGGAGGUCAAAAACCUGGAAGGGAUAUUCUCAUUUGGAGACCAAAUGCGCAUGGAAUAUUCUCUACUAGUAGUGCUUGGGAUGUGAUUCGAAUAAGGUCUUCUACUGUGAAGCGGGCGAAAUGGGUAUGGCAUAACACUCUCCCUAAGAGGGCUUUAGUUGUGAUAUGGAAGGCUAUGUCGGGGAGUCUUACUGUAGAUGAGAGGAUACGUCAAGUUGGAGUGGCUAUGGUGUCUCGGUGUAAUUGUUGCACAACAGGCCAUGAUGAGGAUGCUAACCAUGUUUUAAGUUCUAGAGAAUUCGUUGAUGAGGUGUGGAGGAAACUGUCCUCUAAACUUGGGGUUAGAUGGCGAGAAAAACAAGCUUGGUGGGAUAGGAUAAAUUUUUGGUGGGCUCGAGCGAAGAGAUCCUCUCAACUAAGAUGCUUGCUGGGGUUAAUCCCAUGUUUAGUAACUUGGAGGCUUUGGAUUCAAAGAUGUAGAGCAAGAAUGGAGGAAGUUUAUGAACUUGUUGAAGAUGUUGUUUCGUCCAUUAAUUUUUGGCUAUAA